UGUGUCCCAGGAAAGGGAAGUUUGGGGUCCCGUGCUGGAGCUGUUGCCCGCGUGACCCGAUCCCGGAUAAGCACUUGAAGGUGAUGAGUGAGUGAUUAAAAUAUGCUGCCGAUGUGGUCAUGUCAUUUGACCACAACUUCACAGGGGAAGGAUCCGCAUAUGACUAUAACAAUAUUUUCUAAGGUUGACUGGUUGUCUGCCUGCGUGGUUGCUGUCCAGGACCCAAGGUGGUUCUGUGGUGUUGUGUAUGCAGAAAUGAGCAGCACCAGCACAUGAUCCCAGACUUGACUGACUCUGUUUGACAAACAGGUGAAGGAUGGAGGCUCCUCCUGUUACUGUGAUGCCUGUCACCGGUGGCACAAUCAAUAUGAUGGAGUACCUGUUACAAGGCAGUGUGUUGGAUCAGGCCCUGGACAGUCUCUUACAUCGACUCCGAGGUCUGUGCGACAACAUGGAGCCAGAGACGUUUACAGACCAUGAACUGGUUUACCUCCUCAAAGGUCAGCAAGGCAACCCCUUCAUUCUGCGUGCACGCCGUUCCCUGUCCCACCCCACAGCUCCAUGGCAUCUGCGCUACCUAGGCCAACCUGAAGUUGGAGACAAGAGCCGCCAUGCACUUGUGCGCAACUGUGUUGACGUGGCGGCGUCGCACAGCCUGCCCGAGUUCCUGAAUGAGAUGGGCUUCCGCAUGGACCACGAGUUUGUAGCUAAUGGCCAUAUAUUCCGUAAAGGUGGAAUGAAAGUGGUGGUUAGCAAGCUGUCACGCAUCCUGGUACCCGGGAACACUGAGAACACAGAGCGCCUAUCGCUGUCGUAUUUGGUGGAACUGAGUGUUCUGGCUCCGGCUGGGCACGACACUGUAUCAGAGGACAUGCGCGGUUUUGCUGAGCAACUCAAACCUCUUGUUCACUUGGAGAAGAUUGACCCCAGCAAACAGAGACAUUGAGUAGACCUCAGUAGGUAGCAUCAACUCUAGCUACAAUAGACAAGGUAUUUUUUGAUUGCAUAGAUUGUAAGCAGAGAUCUAUAUUUUCGUUAUCUGUACUCACUGUGGAAACCAAGAUGUCUUUGACCACAGAGUUACACAUAAUGAAAGUGCCAAUAGCAAAUAAAGUCUAAUUACACCAUUCCGGUGUGGGUGUGGGAUAUUCCUCCUCACUGAUGCAGUCAGACUGCUCCAAUUUGGAAUGCAAACAUGAACCCAAAGCUUUUAUAGGGCGCUGAUGAUGAGUGUUGUGACUGCCUGUGUAUGGGUUUACAUUGAAGACAUGAUUUUGUAUUUUUGUGUGUGUGUUUUUAAACUUGAUGUUGUACCUUGUUACCCUUUAGAUCAGACUGGUUUAAGAUAUUGUAUUGGUCUAGUUUCACGAGGAUUGAGACCUAGAAGUCUCGACAUUGUAUUGUUCUAAUAUGAAAAGAAUAAUUUAGUUGUCUGGCAGUAACUGAGAUUGUGUUCAGAAUAAAAACAGGUUUGCAGAUAUGCAAGAGUCUCCAUCUACACUGGGGAGCUGCAGUGAAAGUAUGACCUUUCACUGCACUUGGUUUGCCAAGUACAGUGUUGCAGAUUAUGGUUGGAGUUGACAUUUGUGAUACGACUGCUACUAAAAUACGUUGACUAAACAUGUGACAAAUGAAUAC